UUAACUUGUCAUUAAGUUUUGAACAAGUACCUACAAAUUUAAAUUUAAUACAAUAAAGUAAAUAUUGAAUUAUUAUGCUUUUUAAUCAUUAAUCAACACUCAAGUCUCAUUUACUCAUGUGCUCACCGGCUCAAGUGUUCUGUUCUGUGCUCAAUCCUCAAGAGCUAUAGUGUGUUUAGUAUUUUGAGAAGACUAGCUAAAUAUCACAGUAUAAUAAUACUGUUAAAAAUUAUUUAUUUAUAUGUAAUCAAUAUCACUAUCAUAACUUUUUAUGUUAAUAAAAAAAAUAAGUAUAUCUAAAAUAGACAAUCUUUACAGUAACAAAAUGUGCUCCAUUUAAAAUAAAUUAAGAUAUAGCAGCAUUAAGAAUCAGUAUUUAAGAAUGGGUAUUGAAAAGCAGAAUGGUUUUAAGGAGGAAGAAUCAGAAUUUCUUUUUCCACCGGAUAUAUUAAACAAAUUAGAUUUCAACAAAAGCCCAGCAGUUUUUCGCCCUAAGAUAAGUGCAUCAAACCCUGGAGAAGAAUGGAUGGUUGUAAGACCACUACAAAGAGCAGACUAUGACAAAGGAUUUUUGCAAUUGCUUAGUCAGUUAACUAGCACCGGAAACAUAAGUAGGAAGUUAUUUGAUGAACGCUUUACUCAGAUGAAGAUGUCGGGAGGUUACUACGUGACAGUCAUCGAGGACAAGCGAAUUUCCAAAUUGAUUGGUGCAGCCACUCUGACAGUUGAACAAAAGUUUAUACAUAAUUGCUCAUUGAGAGGCCGCCUUGAAGAUGUGGUGGUGAACGACACAUACAGAGGGAAGCAGCUCGGAAAGUUAAUCGUUGUGACAGUGUCACUGUUGGCACAAGAGCUCGGCUGUUACAAGAUGUCGCUGGACUGCAAGGAUAAACUGAUCAAGUUCUACGAAACACUGGGCUAUAAGCUGGAGCCGGGCAAUUCGAACGCCAUGAACAUGCGUUUUGAAGAUUCAUCCUGACAAUUAGCCGCUGGGACUGCCGACCUGCGCUCCAAACUGUAAAUACGACAUCUACCGACGAAGCUCAACUCGCAACGAUCUGGAACCACUCAACAGAACAGACACUCCAUCACUUGUAUAAUUAUAUUCUCCAUCACUUGUUUUAUAUACACCCGAGUUCGAAUAUCUCAUGUUUCAUAUCAUCAAACAAAUUAGAUUUCAAUAUGAACCUUUUACGCAAAUAAAUUACUGUUUUGUUUUAUCGAAUUUUGUUUUAAAUUUUAAUUACGUUGUUGUGACUUUAGCUCGUUUGUUUGUUUUAUAUUUACAGAUGCAGGGUUAAUUUAAUUAUCCAUCAAAAGUUUUACAACUUAGUAAAUCAUUUUUUGAUGGGGUGUUAAAUUAAUUUUGGUUGUCCCAGCACAUAAAAGUGUGCUUAAAAUGUUCUUAAUGUUCAUUUAUUCCUUAAUAUGUAGGUAUGUAUAUUAUAAUAUGUAUAUUAUUGAAGUGAAACUUCUUUGCGCGCUAUAAUUAUAAUAUUAACGUCAUGAAGAUGUUGGACGUUUUUGUCCAAGAAGAGGGAGAGAGUGAGAAAGGGCGAAAAGAUGAAGAACUUAGCCAUGGAGCGAGUGAGAAAGGGAGAUCUAGAAAAUAUACACGGUAUUGGUUGAUGUAUUCGUUUAGUAGUUAAAUAUUAGAACUUUAGAUGGCAAUUCCGUCGCAUAACGUCUUGAACUACAGUAAACAAAGAUCUUUUUUAUUAAUUCACAUUAUCAUGAGUACCUAUGUAAACAGUGAGUUAUAUUUAUAAAUAUUUUUUUUGUGAUAAAUUUGUAAAUUAUCCUAUACUAAGCAUUUGUUCAGAGUAAAUAAUAUAUUUAUCUUUUUUUUAAUUUACAAUUUACAAAUAACAUGUGGCAUAAUAGUUUGCCAUUCGUCAUUUGAGAAUUGAAUAUACUUAUUUUUAUGAAAAUAAAAAAUUCAUUCAUAAAUUCUCUUUUAAAAAUUUUAAUUAAAAAAAAUUCUGUAUGAAAAUAAAUUAGAUUUAGAGAUCAGAUUAAGUAAUAUAAAUAUAAAUGAGAUGUAAAAAUUCGUUUGUCAAAAAAGUUUCACUUCUGACAUGUGUACUUUAUACGCAUGCAAUUUUUUAUAUGUAUGUUAUUAUAUUAGUUACUAACAAGCUUCUGUCUGCUUUGCAUCUAACAUAAGUUCAUGUCUUUGUUAACAUUCAGAUUAUUAAAUGUUGCUUUCAUCUAA